CCGAUGUAGCCGUCGCCUCCCGCCAAAUUCAACUGUUUAAGCGGCAAGUUCAUUCAGACGGCGACGGAGUGGCUUUCCAAAGAAAAAAAUGACUUCUUUUAAAGAAACGAGAGAAUUAACACUGCUGUGUUAUGCUGAAAAUUUACUUUCCGAUGAUGAAUUUCUCGCUUUAUGGGAAAACAAUCAGUCAAGCAACCCAGAUUUUCCUUGGGACAGUUAUGGUCCGUUCGACCUCGAAAACAUAGAUGAAGCCGAAUGCAAAGCAGAAUUUCGCGUAGAGAAAAGAGAUCUUCCUACGCUAAGAGAAGUACUCGGGAUUCCACCCACUUUCAAAUGCCCACAGAGGACUAUAUGCGAUGGAAUGGAAGGACUGUGUAUGCUACUAAAACAGUUAGCUUAUCCUUGUCGUUACAGCGAUAUGAUCGCGCGUUUUGGAAGACCUGUUCCUGAACUGUGCAUGAUCACGUACCGAGUCAUGGAUUUUAUCUAUGAUGCACAUGGCCACCGAAUCACUCAGUGGAAUGACACUAUACUGAAUCCCAGAUUGCUUGAACAAUAUGCCACUGUCAUCACAGAAAAAGGAGCAGCUCUAGACAACUGUUUUGGCUUUGUUGAUGGUACCGUACGACCGAUCUCCAAACCAGGAGAUAUGCAGAGAAUCGUUUACAAUGGGCACAAGAAAGUACAUGCUCUCAAGUUUCAGUCGGUUGCCAUACCUAAUGGGCUCAUUGCCAAUAUAUGUGGCCCUGUGGAGGGUAGGAGGCAUGAUGCAGGGAUGUUGCAUGAUUCUGGGCUACUUCACAACCUGGAAGCCUAUGCCUACUCAGCAACAGGGCUACCGAUGUGUUUGUAUGGCGACCCUGCUUACCCCCUAAGAGUCCAUCUUCAGGGGCCAUUCCAGAACCCCCACCUUACUCCCUUGAUGGAAGCAUACAACAGUUCAAUGAGUUCAGUAAGGGUGUCUGUAGAGUGGUUAUUUGGAGAUAUCAUAGAAUAUUUCAAGUUCAUGGAUUUUAAAAAGAAUCUCAAGAUAGGAAUGAGCAGCAUUGGAAAGAUGUACAUUGUUUGUGCACUUCUGCAAAAUGCUUUGAGUUGCUUGUAUGGCAACAAUACUGCAACGUUUUUUGACCUUGAGCCUCCCAUCCUGCAAGACUAUUUUGCAUAG